CAUGUUGGUUGUUUAUUGUUACGUAGUAAUGUUUAGUUGAUUUAAAGUUGAUUUUAUGAUUUGAUAGUUUAGGAAAUGGUAGAUAUGAUACUGAAGGUGCUUACUUUAAAUUGUUGGGGAAUCCCGGUGGGGUCUUCCCACAGGGCGGAGAGGAUGGACGCCAUAGCCGACGAGCUGGCGAAGGAGGAAUAUGACUUAGUGUGUUUGCAGGAGGUCUGGUUGCAAUCAGACUACCGUCGUAUUAGAGAGAGAACCAGUAAGCAGUUGCCAUUCUCUCACUAUUUUUACAGCGGAGUGUUGGGAUCGGGCGUGUGCAUCCUCUCCAAGUUCCCCAUCGACGACGUGUUCUUCCACCAGUGGCCGGUAAACGGCUACAUCCACAAGAUCCACCACGGCGACUGGUUCGGGGGGAAGGGUGUGGGACUGUGCCAGGUCUCCAUCAACGGUCUCCGAGUUAACGUGUACACCACACACCUGCACGCAGAGUACAACCGGGAGUCGGACGAGUACAUGGUUCACCGUGUGCUGCAAGCGUUCGACCUGUCCCAGACCGUGCGCCUGACAUCGGUGGGUGCGGACGUGGUGAUCCUCGCCGGUGACCUGAACACGGAACCCGACGACCUGGCGCAGCGCAUCAUAUGCCACAACUCCGAACUGCACGACGCCUACGUGUUCGCUCGCCAGUCGGAAAGUGCUCAAGGUUCAGUGACUGAAGACCAGGAAGAAAGAGAGACUGAUACUUCACAGAACCACAAAGAAUUGCUCACAUCAUCUGUAGCUAGAAACCAGGAUUGUACGACGUCUCAAAGAAAAAAUAGCAUAUCCUUAUGGGCUGGCUUUCAGCAAGACCUCAGUAGGAGGAUUGACUACAUCCUGUUUCGUUCAGGCCCAGAAGUUCAGGUGACGGUAGAGUCGUACCGGCAACCUCUACCCCAGAAGGUGCCAGGCCAAAAUUUCUCAUACUCCGACCACGAAGCUGUGCUUGCUACGCUUCGAAUAACAAAAGGUUUUGCUCAAAAUAAGGCUCCCCCGCCGCCGGACACGGCCGCGCGCGCGUCAUCGCUGCAGGAGGCGCUGGCGCUGUGCGACCGGGCCCUGGUGGACCUCCGGCGCUCGCGCGUGCGCUACUGGUUCCUGGCCUGCUCGCUGCUGCUGGCGCUGCUCGCCACGCUGGGCCUCGAGGCGCCCGGGGCCUACCACCGCGCCCACAACGCCGGCCGCGUGCUGGCCACGCUCGUGCUGGGCUUCGCCGCGGGCAUGGCCGGCGUGUGGCACAGCGUGGAGGAGAACGGCAUCCUGGCCGGCAGGCACGGCAUGGAGCGGGUGCUGGACAGGCUGCGUCGCGACUGACCUGCUUUGGGUCUGUGGUACUGGUGUUCGUCCGUCUGGUCGGUUAUUGUUGUAAACUUCAAACUAAGGUCAAGAGAGGGAUGCAUCUUAUAAUUAUUGGUUAUGUCUGUCAUUCCAGUGAAUACUGUACAAGUGUGCAUUUUUAUAGGAACACCUAACAGUCUUUUCAAAACUAGUAAUUUCAGGUUAGAUUUUUCACUAGUUUUGUAAUUUUACAUUUUGUGACCAAUAAUUACGAUUUUAAAAUAAUGUAAAGCUCAUUAUCACGGCUCUGCAGCCACAGUACCUAGGAACGGUUGCUUCUUGGCAUCGGAUCCAUCGCUGCGUGCCGACCUCGUCGUGAUUGCCGCACACACGGGUUUGUUCUUAAUGCUGUUUUUUUUAUGUUGUGCUUCAGCUGUCCUGACGGUCAUACAAUCAGAUAUUUAUCAAGUGCUAAUUUUGAAAAUGUGCCACCCAGAAGUUACAGGCUUCUGCUCAUUUAGGUUAUUUAUCACACCUCGUGCAGGAGACGAUCGAACAACGGGUCAGCGCCAGUGCAAUGCCGCGCUUUCCACUCUCGUCUGUUGCACUGUUGUCCAGUUGUAAAUAUGCGAUGUUGCCAUGUGAUCCUAUAUUCUCUGUGAGUGAGUCCACCAGGGGGUUACUGAAGACUGAUCUGUGCCAAGUACUUUAUUUAUCUACGAGCUCCUGUUGUGCUGCCCACCACUGAUAAAAUACAUGCACGCUUCUCUAAAUGCCAUCCCCGUUUCUUGGAUCCGGUCAUUUCUGUACAGCAAGAUUAUGCAACAACAAAAUUUGCUGAUGUUUUCAAAACCACUGUAUGACUAUAUCUUGGUGUCGUGGCAAAAGUUGGUUGCCAGCUAGGGGAAGUUAGUUAGCAUUAUGGUGACCUGGGACCCGAAAUUUGUAGAGCCCUGCUCAGACCAGAAACAUACACAUUCCAUUUUAGCGAACCUAAACUCCAAAGAUCUGAACAGUGAAGUAGCAAACUAUGUAUCUCCAAACUUAAUGGCUUUUUUUUUGCAUGUUGAUUUCUAAUGUAAAAGGUUUAUGUAAAAAUUACUUUACACUGGGAGUUAUGAGUGUGUGUUUGUCUUGCCUUAGUUUCAUUGAUAUUCUAAACUAAGGAGUUACAAAGUAUUUAUGUUAGAAUAGCCAGUAGUAAGGUUGGAGGAACAAGUUUUGGUUUUUUGUUUCCUCUAAUAUUUGACUUUGGGGGUUUAAGGUUUGCCAACUAGACGGACGAUUUAGAAAUAGUUUUACUCCAAUUGUGGGAUCAACGCUAAGUUACACUACCUGUAACAGUUCAGUAUAUUUUUGCACUUUUAAAAUAUUUUUAAUCUCUGUGGAAUUCUGUCAUAAUGCAUUUAUUUUUACAAUAAGUUCUUUGAGUAGAUCUCAAACAUUUUAUAUGACUAACCGUAUAAUAAAGUUUUCCUGCAUAUGAAGUAGGAAUUCUCUGCUUCAGAAAUUUACAGGUGUUUCAGUGUAUUGUAAUUUAAUUUUAUUCAUAUAAUACUUAAAUAACAUUCUAAAAUUAUUUUGAAGGAUUUUUUAAAAAAAUUUUUUUUAACUAUGCAUUUACUUUUUGACUUAGAAAAUAAAAAUUUAAGGAAUUUACUCAAUUGUAAGAUGUCUCUGGUGUGACUUUGUUCUUGGAAAAAGGCGUGCAUAUUACAACUGAUUCUCUGAAUUUAUUUGAUGCUUAGAUAUAGCUACAGUAGAACCCCUCAUAUCCGACCUUCCCAAAACCGACUCCUCCGGAUAUCCGACCUAGUCUCCGUGGUUGGCGAGCCUGUUCAGACUUGAAAAAGUGACGCAUCUACAUGUCUUCGUGUCGCAAACAGUCAGUUCAGCCGUGAUUGUUGGUGCAGAAUGUGCUCCUACUAUAAUCUUGUACUGUUCUGUGUUUUUUUUUAAAACGUAACGUAAUGUAUUGUGGGUAGAAAAAGUGGAGGGACACUUCCGCAAAAUCAAGAUUUGGCAAAACUGAAACAAAAAUACAUUACUGAAUUCUUUAAAUAAGGUAUGCUUACAUUGUAUUCAUCUUCUCAUUUAUAAUUUAACAAAAGUAAAUGUUUGAAAUGUAUACAGCAACAAUUUUACAAAUAAAGCUGUAUUAAUGUACAUAGGCCUACUGUAUAGCUGGGAAGGGCGUUUUUUUUGCUCCUAUGGAUAUCCGACCUUUUGGCCGUUCCGACCAUGGCCCGGUCCCGUCAUGGUCGGAUAUGUGAGGUUCUACUGUAUUUAUAUUGUUAUUUGCAUACAAACUCAUCAACAUUAUUUGUAAUAAGUAUUAACAAGUUAUUUGACACAUAAUUGGGGGUGGUUAGUCAAUGUCACAUUAAAGUAAAUUGAUAAUCAUAGACACACCACUAUGUAUUUGUUUCAGAACAAGACAUUAGGGUUUUUUAUGUAAGGUUAAUGCAGUCGGAUAAAUGUACAUCAGUACCACCUGUGCACUAAACGUGCUGGGCAGCUGUGAGAUGUUAGGAAAGUACAUAGUUAGAAGAAAAAUUUAUGUACCGGUGUUACCUUUGUCAAAAUUCAAAUAGAUAUGUUUCUUAAAUUUAUGUAAAUCGUAUAAUUGUUAUAAACAUUUUUCUGUAAGAGAAAUGUAAGGUUCAAAAGAGGGAUGCAUCCUAUAAUUUGAUUAUGUCUUAUAUUCAAGUGAAUAUGGUAUAAGUACAAUUUUAUAGGCAGACCUGUCUUUUGUAAAUUAUUGUUUUCAGGUCAGAUUUGCCUCUAGUUUUGUAACUAUGGUUUGAUUGUUGGAAAUCUUACAUUUUGUGACCAAUGUUCAUGAGUUAGAUAGUUACAAGGUUUUUUUGUUUGGGUUCAUGAAACAACAGUAACUUAUGGGAAUUUAUAAUAUUGGUAAGUAUGAGUACGUAGAGACAACCAUUUAAAAAAUGUUUAGUCGAAAAUUGUUAAAUCUUCAAAUUAUUCUAGACUUUGACUUUCUAUCUAACCAUAGUUUACAUCUGUGUGGAUGUAAAUGUUUUAAUUUCAAAGUUAAUUUUGUUGUUAAUUUAGGUUGCUAGAAGAGAGUUUUGUUUGUGAAUGAGUUUUUAGUUGCAACAGGCCUCCGUGAGCACCAGACUAACACAUAUUUGUGUUAUUUGACUUCAGUAGAAACACUUAUCAAGAGUGUCUGAAUAUAUUCUAGGUGCAUUUGCAGACAUUUUCCCAAAGUGUAAACAAAUUAAAGUCUGCACUCUUUAAUCCAUCAUUCUUCAGUUCGGCACAUUCUGUCAAUUUUCCGGCUUUUAUUCAGAUUUUUCAGCUGGAUUCAGGCAUUUGUUCAUCUUGACUGCCUGGUCAUUAUAAUGUAAUAUCAGAGACUUUUCCAAACAGUGCUUCAACAAUAAAAUUUGUGUCCUAAUAUACACCUUUACUCUGUUAAAGCUUAAUGCAGUACCUCUAAAUCAAACUAGCCUAAGUUGCAAUAAGGCAACAGCAGAGUAAAAAAUGUGCUCUUUCAAUGAUACUGUUUUUUUACAUCAGGGAACUCGUGAUCAAUUUCUUUCAGAUGAGGUACUCUCUAUAAUAGCUUCAGGUUCAUAACAUUGUACCUGGACCUUAAGUUUGUCUGGCUUUACAGCUUUGGCCUAAAGACUCUUAUAACUCACCCUAAAUGCUUUAGAUAAUUUUUUGUGUGAAUAAAUAAUGUUUGGAUUCGAUUGAAUAAGGUUUCUUCAACCUCUGUCUCACAUGCCCAGUUGAUUUUUUAGUUUUUAUUUUUCUACUUUUUUAUAAAGGGUGUUUGUAAACUUUUAACUCAAUACCUCUUUUGCAUUUGUAAUUCUGCCACAUAUAUUUUCAGCAGAUAUUCACUUUGUGUUAUAUCAUGAGUGUAAAAUGUUUUAUUAGUGAUGAUAAUUAGAAAGACUUGCGCACCUUUUUACACCCAUUAAAUUGCACUAAGUUAAAUAUUUGUGGCAGAACAACAAAUGUAAGAGAGGUAUCAAGUUAAAAUUCUAGAAAUAUAAAUAAUGGCAAUAAGGUGGGGCAAAAAUCAACAUGGCUUUUGAGAUUGAGCCUUUAAGACAUUAUGUGCAAUAAAAAUAAUGUGUGCGUAGAGUCCAUGUACGACAUAAGUGAAACUUCUUGCUUAUUAUAUUAUUAGGCAUGGGAUUCAUAAUUCUCUUUGGCUGAGGUCACAGGUAAAAAAUAUGUAUACAUAUAUUCAAGUAUGCCAGUGUGCAAGUUUGCUGCGUAAUUUCUACCUCUCUCCUGCAGUCUCAUCCUCUACCGGUUCCCCCACCACGUACCUAAUGCGAUCAGAAUUUUUGUAACGCUCGAAAAUUGUAGCCCUCCUCAGCAAAGAAGUUUCACGUAAAAAAAAUUACUAAAUUUCGACUUAUGUUUAUUUGGCUCUGGGGUGCAGAAAGAUAGUAAUUUUGUUGGCAUAUUCAUACUGGAGAAAACAAUAUUAACCAUCAUAUCCCUGCCACUACAAAUUAAGGUUAUAGUUUUUUGUCAGAGCUUAGAAACUUCACUAGAAAAAGUACCGUAUUUACCCACGUAUGGGUUGCAGAUUUUGUGCCGAUUUUUUGCUUACUAAAAUGUACUGAGAUCCAUAUGCGAAUUUUCCAUUUUGGGUUAAAAAGAAAAUAACACUGCACUGUUGUGGUUGACUAUGUGCUUAAAUUACUAGCCUGUGUUGCUUUUUAAUAAGUAUGUCACGAUUAAAUAUAAAUUGCUAAAUUAAAAUAUCUUAGCAGUGCAUGUAAGAAUCAUGAACUGUGCUGUUAAGCUAUAUCUGGGCAGCUACCCGGUCUGUGUCGGCAUGUGACGGGGCAGUCUGCUGCCGGGCUGUGGCGCUCGGCCAGAGGGAGAAUCAAAAAAUUAAAACAAGUCAGAGAGAAAAAAAGAGGAUGGGGGUUGCGCGUGUGCAUGUUUGUGCGUUAGUGAGUGCAGCCAUGCAGCAGUGUUCAUGGUUCUCCCUCCCUCUCAUCAAUGUAAAUAUCAGUGAACUGGCACCAUACUCACAGGGCUCGGAGCGAGUCACUAAAAGUUACUAAAAGUUACUUUUUUUUUUGCAAAGUCACUAAGGUCCGUUUUUUUAUUAAAAGCCACUAUUUUCUUCACUUUUACUUCGACUACCUUUUCUCGCUCCGUUUUACAACAUGUAAACGUAGUUUUUGGUACUACCAGAAAUGCCGUAAUAAUCGGUACGCACUGUGCAUUAAAAACGCCAACCAUAUUACCGUUCUGCAUGCCAGCGUCACUUUGCUGUACAGCGGCGCUGCCAGUCGCCAGUGUAACAGCGAUUCGAUUAUCGUAUUGUGAUCGUAUCGCUUCUAUAAUCGAUAGCAUAUGUCACUUUUCUCGGCUUCGGCUUUCGGGUUUUCGGCAGUGUUGCCAGGUCUACUGUUUUUGCAGUAGAUCUCCUUCUUUUUAAAAAAUCUACUUUUCUACUGCUAAAAAGCGAAAAGUCAAGCAAAUCUACUGCUUUUUCCUGCCUCAACAAUUUUUUUAUUAAAAUUAACAAAAACGGCUUGAAUUUUAACUAAAAAGUGUAUAUUUUUAUGUUCUUGAGUUUUCUAGCCUGCAACAGUUAAAAUUUUAGUGUCACACUGCAAUAUAUCGAUUUACUGCGAGAUACAUUUAAAUCGAAUCUCUGAUAGUUACCUAAGGGACUUUCCCCUCGUUAGUGGUGUGUGGCUGUGGCAUGAGCGUAUCUUUUUCCGGGAGUUUCCCACCCCAGGCGCCCUUAUAGGUUGAGAUAGAGCUGUCGUCACUCGUGACUCGUCUCGUCCGUCUGUUGAGUGUCGUCAUCGUGUCGUGUCACUGUCGCCUGUCGGUACUCUGUUUAUCAGUCAUCAUAUUUGUGUGCUUUGAAGUGAAACAGUUUAUGUUACUGUUAUUGUCUCGCGGUCGCCUGUAAUAAUUUCGGACGAUGUGGUGUCACGGACAAAGUGUGCCGUUGUCUAUUACGAAUGGAUUUUGAUAACGCUGAAUUUAUUAUUAAUUAUUUGCUAUGAGUAAAAAGGUGAAGUAUUCUCAGAAGUACAAACGUGAGUGGGAAAACGAAGAGUUGUUUAAGGGUUGGUUACAGUCUAGCAAGAAAGGAUGCGGUUUUGCAUAUUGUAAGUCAUGUAACUGUGAUAUUAGCAUUGCUUCUGGAGGUAAAGGUACAUUAAUUAGACAUGUAGAGUCUGAUAAACAUGUGCAAUGUGGAAAGGAACUUAUUGGUCAAAAAACAUUAACUUCAUUUGCAUCUCAAGCAACCAAUUUAAGUAAUAAAGUCAAAGAAGCUGAAAUUCGUCUUUCUGCAUUUGUAGCAGAACACAACAUUUCAUUUAAUAUAAUUAGUCACUUGACACCCCUUAUUAGAUCAGUUUGCCCUGAUUCUGAAAUUGCAAAAAAAAAUCAAGUGUGGCCGAACUAAAGCAACUACCAUUGUUAAACAUGUUUUAGGGCAGGAAAGUAAGGAAUUACUUUGCAAUAUAUUGAGGGAAAAUAAAUUCUCGGUGAUUGUUGAUGAAUCAACUGACACAAGUUCUACCAAACAUUUAUGUGUAGUCGUACGAGUGCAUUCUGGAGAAGGGGUUGUAGUUGAUGCAUUUUACGAUCUCAUUCCUGUGAGUGAAGCAAAUGCUGUUAACUUGCAUAACAGCUUGGUACAGUCAUUUGAGAAGGAAAAUAUUCCUUACAAAGAAAACCUAAUCGGUUUCGCUGCUGAUAACGCUAGUGUAAUGAUGGGUAAAAGACAUUCAUUAUCUAUUCUUUUGAAAAACGACAUGCCCGACCUUUUUAUAAUGAGGUGUAUUUGCCACUCAUUCCAUUUGUGUUCAUCAUAUGCUUGUGCGAAGCUUCCAAGGGAACCGGAAGAUUUGGUCCGUGGUAUUUUCAAUUAUUUUCAUUCAAGUUCUAAACGUAUUGAAUCCUUCAAAGAAUUUCAAAGUUUUGUGAAUGUAAAGCCACAUAAGCUGUUGCAUCCAAGUCAGACAAGAUGGUUAUCCCUUGAGUUAGUUGUAUCUCGGGUUUUGGAGCAGUAUGAUGCCCUCAUACUUUUUUUCACCCAGGCUGCCUUUGAAGAUAAGUUAUUAGCAUCAGAUGCCAUUCUUCAAAAAUUAAAAUCACCCUUCAACAAAUUGUAUCUUGAGUUUCUUCAGUUUGUUUUGCCUAUGUUCAAUAUCCUGAACAAGCAAAUGCAGAGUGAGCAACCACAAAUUCAAAAUUUGAGGCCGAGUGUAGUUUCUGUAUUAAAAACUCUCCUCGAGUGCUAUGUUAAACCAGAAAUUGUAAGAUCCAUUGAUAUAGAUAAAGUUGAUUAUAAAGAUCCUAGAGUUUUUCUGCCGUUGGAAAAUGUCUAUUUUGGGGCAAAAUUAAAUGUGUAAAUGCAAAAGUAAAUGUGUGUAAAAAUAGGUUUACUAAAUUAAUUGUAAAGGAAAACUAUAUGUUUAGGAUAUCUACUUCUUUCUACUGAUUUUUCACAGUUCAAUCUCCUGUUUUGGUGAGUGGUAGACCUGGCAACACUGGUUUUCGGUUGUAAAUAACAACACAAUAAACGAUAGUGAAGCGUAUUUUUGCGAUCAAAUUCGUGUACUACGAAAGUGUUCGUGUUUAUAGGCGAGCGCGAAACCACUUGUUAGGAACUACAUUUAGAUGAAAACGUGCGGGAUCACGGUGACAUAUAACAUAUAAGUGCAUAAUGUGCUGUAACUUCGUUACAGUGUCGUGGUUAUGUUCGGUGUGAAACAGAAUUGAGGUACGUGUUUCGGUAACUUUUCUAGCAGUUUGUGGCAUUUUUGCAUUUUCACUAUUGUUUAUUGUAAAUUUUCCGUUUGCAACGACCACAUUAACAAAACUUACUAAAAUAUUUAAUGGCAAAAUCGCUAUGGUGUUUGUUUUGGUUUUUUUUUGGUUUUAAUUGAUUUUACAUGGUGAUAGUUUUGGUACAAAUGGAUUGAAAAUGGGGAAGUGUCAUUUUCGAGCAGAGUGGUUGGAAAAAACUGAUACUAUAGGACACAAGAUUUCCAAUUGGGCACAAAAGGGGAUUAAAGAUGAUGAACUUUAUUGUAUUGUAUGCUGUGUUUCUGUUAAUGUUGGCAAAGGGUUUCAGUCUGUCACACAACACUACACAGGAAAGAAGCAUAUUAACAAUGUAAAAUUAAAACUAAAUGCCUCACAGUGUCGUCUUGUUUUUGAUAGGAAAAAUAGUUCUGCUUGUGAACGACCAUGUGUUACUACUGGAGUUAAAGACGGUAAGUCAGAGGAAAACACCGGGGACCCAUCACGAGCUUUAACACCCUUAGGUUUGCCAUCAUCUAGCAGUCAUGCACCACUAAACGAAUGUAAUUCAUCACAAGUGGAGCCAGCACAAGUCUCUUCAUUGGAGUGUUCCACAGUUUGUCAAAAUAACAUUCUACGAUUUUGUAACCCCAUAGAAGCUGCCACUAAAGCAGAAAUAAUUUGGGCGAUGACAGUAGUGGCUAAAAAUUUGUCUGCCCAAUCAUGUCAAGAUAUUGGUGAGGUAUUCUCUGCUAUGUUUCCAGCAUUAGUGCCACAAGGUUUCUCACUUUCCCCGAAAAAAUUCUCAUAUUUAGUUACCGAAGCACUUGGCCCAUACUUCAAAGAUGGCAUGCUACAAGAGGCAAAGAAAACUUAUUUUUCUAUUCAAUAUGAUGAAACUACCAACAGCAAAGGUAAGAAGGAACUGCAGAUAAAUAUUAGAUAUUGGUCUGACAUUCGUAAUGAAGUAGUAAUUCAUCAUCUAGAGACAAUUUUUAUAGGAAAGGCUUCUGCUGAUGUUUUAGCCACAUCAAUUCUUUCAGUGCUUAAUAAAGGAUCAUUGAGUCUUAAGAAUGUUGUGACUGUUGGCAGUGAUGGUCCUAAAGUGAAUCAGAAGGUUUUCACAUUGCUAAAUGAAGAAGUUAUUGCAGCAAGAGGAAAAAGUCUUCUUGAUGUAGGAACAUGCAAUCUUCAUCAUGUUCAUAAUGCGUUCUUGAAAGGAUUAGAAGUUUUUGGAACAGAUGUUUCUGAGUUGGUAAUAUCUGUGUAUUAUUUCUUUCAUGGUUGGCCAUCACGAAAAGAAGAUUAUGUGAAGUCUCAGAAAAAAGUUAAGGUUCCAGAACAUUCAUUCAUUAAACACUCUCAAACCAGAUGGGUUACACUCAGAGAAGCAGCAAGUCGUCUCCUUGAACAGUGGCCAGCUUUGCUUGACUACUUUACCAAGUUUCUUCCCUUGCAAAAAACAAAUGCAACAUUUAAUUCAGCACAAUGCAAGAAAAUUUGUAGCUUUUUAAAGAAAAGCACAAUGAAAGCUGAAAUUCUGUUUGUUAUAUCUAGCUCAGAAAUCUUUAGCACCUUCUGCACAAUUUUCCAAAAAGAAGAACCCUUAAUACAUGCACUGCAAACUGAAUUGGACACACUGGUAAGCAAGUUGAUGGGUCGUGUGUGCAAGGGAGAACUUGCUAGUGAGAAAGAUAUUUCAAACAAUUUGUUUGAUAAAGAAAAUCUCCAAAAUGCCACUGACAUUCAGUGUGGACACACUGUGGAGGAAGCACUUAGUAGUGUAAAUGAAAGAGACAGAUUGGAGUUUAAAUUCAGUGUACAGAAACACUAUGCAACAGCUGGAAAUUAUUUGGUUGGUAAGUUCCACAAAAUGUUGAAACACUUCAGCUGUUUCCAGCCUGAGCAGGUUUUAAAGCCAAAGAGUUUGCAGUCCAUAGCAGAAAUAGCAAGAGUUUUACCAGGGGAGAUUAAUGUUGACCUCCUUUUAGACGAAUGGAGAUUGUUGAAAAGUGAAAGAGAAAUGACAAACUUCAGUCCAGGGCAGAGAAUCGACCAUUUUUGGAGAAGUAUCUUUCAGUUGAAGAAUGCUGUCGGUGCUGAAAAGUAUCCUACUGUGCAGAAAGUUGUGAAAAUGAGUCUAAGCAUUUCUCAUGGCAGUGCUGAUGUUGAAAGGGGGUUUUCCCUUUCUUCAAAAAUUCUGACUGAAGAUCGAGCAUCAAUGAGUGAAAGAACUCUCAAUGCCAGGUUAAACACCAUUGAUGGUCUUAGAGUGUAUGGAAAUAAUCCUGUGAAUGUUCCCAUCACCAAGCAACUUAUUAAUUCUGCUGUUAAUGCCCAUAAGAGCUACAAGCUUUACCUUGAGGAGAAGAAAAGAAAAGAAGACUCUGAGAGGAUUAAGGUUGAAGAUGAGAGGAAGAAAAGAGAAGCAGAAGAAGAAUCCAGAAAAGAAGUGAAAAGAAUGAAGCUAAAUGUUGAAGAAUUGAAGAAAAAACUGGAUGAAGCCAACAAAUUUCAUAAACUGAAAAAAGAUACUUGGGAAAAAAUGCACGAAGAGGCCAAUAAUAGGCUAAAAAAAGCUUUGUUUAAGACUCCUGUUGAUGUUCAGGAAGUAAGCCUGGCACAGGCGAUGUACGAAGGAGCACAGUUAGUCAAAAAUGAAGAACAACUGCUUUCAAAGAGAGUGUCUAGUUUACAAAAUGAACUCUACAAGAAAACAAACAAGCUCCUUACAAAUAUUUAAUUUAAGUGAUGAACUUUCGCAGCCCUAAUGUAAAUAUUUUACUGUGUAAACAAAGUGAAAGUGUAAAACUUAACAAAAUUGUAUUUCUCCAUGAACUUAAUACAGCCCUGUACAUCACUUAUUUGUUGUAAAUGUUUCAAAUGUUCAAUAUUUGGGUACAUCUUAUUUUAUGCCAAAGUAAAUUUGGUUUUAUUUUGCUAUUUGUAAUUAUUUUUAAAUUUUAGGGCCAGUAUAUUCAUAAUUGGUACAUAAUUUGAAAUAACAUGUACUAAUUUUGUUUUUGUGUUGUAAUAUAAAUGUCUGUGAGUACGAGUGAAAGUCACUAAAUAAGUCACUUUUUUUUUUCAUUUGUGGUCACUAAAUCAACUAUUUUGAGGAAAAAUUGUGCUCUUGGCCCUGUACUCAAUCUCAACAGGUUUUUAUGACCAACCAAGUCCAAAAACUGUUUUUGCUGGGAAUUUCCUACGCUUUUUACAGAAACAUUUCAUUCAUGACAAAACUGCUGUAAGGGCGUGCUUGUUUUUAUUGAAGAAACUGACAAGGAAAUAGUCUGUGGUCUUUUCUCUCUUGGGGAAGGGGACGGGAAGCGAAACAUGGGUUAAAUAGUUGUUAGAUAGUGCUAAAGAGGGGGGGGGGGGGGGGAGGAAGGCCCCGUAAAGGAUGAAGAGGGGAAAGGCAUCAGGAAGGACAUCGGUGCCAUGUUUCUUACGCUGCAAUAAGCUGAGACACAGACCAUAAAGACUUCACUUGUAUUCUACUGGAGACAGUUAAAUGGCAUUACCUGCAUUCAAGUUUUAGUUUUGUAACUAUAGUUUGAUUGUUGGAAAUCUUACAUUUUGUGAUCAAUGUUCAUGAGUUAGAUAGUUACAAGGUUUUUUUGUUUGGGUUCAUGAAACAACAGUAACUUAUAGGAAUUUAUCAUAUUGGUAAGUAUGAGUACGUAGAGACAACCAGCCUUACGUUGAAAAUGUUAGAUUUUUGUGCCCAAAAUUAAGGGUGCAACCCAUACGUAGGGGCGACCCUUCUGCAAGUAAAUACGGUAACUGGUUCUAGGUAAUUUCUUUUCUGUUGAAACAUGUUCCAUUUUAAGUUCCUGUAAAGAGUAACUUACAAAGUUCCUAAAACGUUCCUCUAAGAUGUAUUUAGAAAAGUAUUUUCUGUCCUUGGGGAAAGUAGCUAGCUUUGUGAGUUGCCUCUAAUGUUUUCUGAAGCACUUCACGGUAUAAAAAUAAGCAACCCUGCUACCAGUGUCGGUAUUCUGUGUGAGCAGUAGGCAUAAUAAGUAGGGGGUUGUUGUGUGCAGUUUUGUGCUUGUUUAGCCAAGUAUUAACAAUGUGUAUGUACAAUAUUGAGAAUUAGUUAUCAUAUAUACAGUACCUAUAUUUUUCAAAGUAGUGAAAUUUCUCUGCUGCCUAACCAACAGUAACUGUAAAUGUGAAUGUAUGUACAAUUGGCAGUUCUCUUUUUCCAUCAUAUUUAACUACUAGUUUGACUUUACUCAAAUUAAUUGUACAGGAUUAAAAAAUAAUAUAUUUACUAGUUAUUAUUUUUUUUUUAAAUAUUUUUUUGCUAGGAACACAUAAAGAAAUGAAAGAAAAAACCUUCAGUUACUGGGAAAAAAUAGCUAUACUUUUAUUCCAAACAAGUAGGAACUGAAUAAAUGGAAAUUGUUCUUUCUGUGCAAUGGUUUUUGGUAAUGUAGUUUUAAAAUUACAUUAGGAUUGAAAACUAAAAAAAAAACUGCAUAAUAAGUUUUCCUUGUUAAAAAGUCCAAAUCCCUGUGCUAAAAUCUAGUGCAUAAAAGGACGGCCAGUCCCUUAAUUUUAGGGAAUGGAUUUUGGUGUCAUAUUCCGUUGCCGUUCUAUUGCCCCAAUUACACGAAUGCGCAGAGCUCAAAUUUUUGUUGAUUUUGUCCAGAUGGCGAACCCACGUCUGGCAUCAUUAACUCGUAGAUAGUAAUUUUUUUGAUUGUCAGGGGAUGUACCAAGCAUGCUUGUGUGCCAAAAGAAACUUUAUGAUACCAACCCGAAAUACAUUUUAUACAUGGUAAUUACAAGAACUAAUCGCAACUUUAAAAUAACUUGAAAAUAUUAGAAAGUCCGUUCUAUUUUUGUGAGAUGAUGCUGCUAUCUCUAAUACCUAAUUUUGCCAUAAGAGUUCUAUUGAUUGUUGCGAAACGUCUGCUAGAAUGCAUUGGAACCAGUUGCUAGCUUUGCGCUGGACACCGUUUAUUAAAAACAGUUGCUUUUCUGUUCGCUUACUGAGAUUGGCAGUGCUUAUUCGCUACCUUACCUGAACGUCUUGGAAUACCGGUGUAAGUACCUUGAGAAAUUUCUUACCAAGAAUUUAAUGUAAUACAGUGCAAGGUCUUAAUUAUGACAUUCUGUGAUUCUACCCAUUCUAAUCCUGCGCCAUUUGAGCUGCUAACAUUCAUUAUUUUUUCGAGUGAAUUUUGGCUAUUGGCCUUGCUAGUCAGGUUGCAUUACUUUUUCUAUGUUGCCAGCAUUUUUAGUUGGCUGUGAGUUUUUGUUGUUGACGGUUUUCAUUUCAGUACAGUGUUUCCUGUUUUAUAGUUGAUUAACUGUCCGUUAUUAUUUUUUCAUGGACGCAACGUGAUAUUGGAGACUUUUUAAACAUUAACUGUCAUCUGUAUUUUUUUUUUUUACCAGUUGAGUCUGUAUUUGUUUGACAAAACUUUGGCUGCAGGUAAAUCAUAACAAAAUAAUUUAGGGCCUUAAUUGCUUCCCAAGGCUGGUAUAUGUAUUUGAAUAUGGACCACCGAGCACCUGAAUAAUGUUAGUUUAUUUUAAUGAAAUGCAAAUGUCGCUCUAGCAAAAUUAUUUCAUGGAAAUAAUUGGGAUUUACAUCUUUAUUUUCCACAUAUUUUUGUGUCUUGUACUACCCCCAAUUAUUGCAAUGAAAUAAUUUUUCAAUGGUGACAAAAUUCACGGUGGUAGUAGAACUACAUUCAGUUUAACAUAAUCCAUAUGCUCAUUGUUCCACCUGAAAUAUUUUCUCUAUUAUUUACAGUAAAAAUGUUGUUCAACCCCAACUUCAGAGACAUAUACCAGCCGUCGAAAGCUCUUAGGCCAAUAUUCACUUAGAGGUUUUAACUUAUUUUGUUGUGUCUAACCUGCAGCCAAAUUUUGUCAGUCGCCUUGUAGAGAGCAGCUAAUUGCAAUUUGUUUAAAAUACCAUUGUACCAUGUAUUAAAUUUUCUUUAUUAUUCCAGUUAAAACUACGAGGGUUAUUUUUUUUUCAACCUCCGAUCGGCUGUAAUAAAAAAACGGGAAUGAAUUAGGAAAUUAUUUUAAUGUCAAAAGAAACGUACAUCUUUACUCUAUUUUUCCACAUAAUCACCGUGCAGAUUGAGGCAUUUGUCGUACCGAUGCACCAGCUUUCCAAUACCCUCUGCAUAAAAUGAUGCCUCCUGCCUAUUCAGCCACGUUUUAACAGUGCUCUGCAGUUCAUAAUUGGUGUUGAAGCGUCAUCCUUCAAGCCACUUUUUCAACGUGGGGAAAAGGUGAUAGUCACAGUUUAUCGUUGCAGCCAUGUUGACAUUCCCAUAACCAAGCUUCAACUGAGGUGUGAGUUGGCCGCUCCACAUGGUUGGUGGAAGGGGGUAAACACUACGAGACGUGUCGAUUCGUGUACGAGCGAUUAGGGUUUCGAUUAAUGGGCAUGCCAUGGAGAAAUGAAACUAAUCACACUGCAGGGCACUGUUAAAACGUGGCUGAAUAGGCAGGAGGCAUCAUUUUAUGCAGAGGGUAUUGGAAAGCUGGUGCAUCGGUACGACAAAUGCCUCAAUCUGCACGGUGAUUAUGUGGAAAAAUAGAGUAAAGAUGUACGUUUCUUUUGACAUUAAAAUAAUUUCCCAAUUCAUUCCCGUUUUUUUUAUUACAGCCGAUCUGAGGUUGAAAAAAAAAUAACCCUUGUAUAUUGGUGCCCGAUAAUCCAUUACAAUCUCUAAUCCGCAUGGCCGUGCUCCUGAAGGUGUCUGGAUCGGUGAUGCCCAGCUUUACUCUCCCACCCUGCAGGCUGCUAGUGGGCCAUCAUGGGUCUUUAGCUUCCUACUGCAUGUAGCAGACUAUUGUGUUCUGAAUGAAUGCAAAAAUAUAUAUUUUCUGGUUCAUGAUUUUACUCUUGCUACGAGAAGCAAGAUUGACUGCGGAGUUCUCAAAUUAGUUUCAGAGACUUAUCAUUGUGUAUACAUUAGAUUUGUUACCAGUGCCAACACAGCAAACAGUGAAAAAAAAAAAGAAGAAAAAAUGUUCUUUGUAGGCAUGAAUGGAACAUUUCCUUGCCAUUUGUCGGUCUUAAUAGCAAUACAAUUCUGCCUGAUAUGCCAUAGCUACCAUUUGUCAUGCCUGGCAAAUAUUAAUUGAAAGUUACUAGUUCCAGAAAAAUCCCCUUCUGCCUAGAAGUAUAAAGACUAUUGACAUUUGGAGUAAUGAAGUCAGGGAGACUAGACAAUGCCACUAAACUGUGAUUUUGGUGUAAUAGCUAUCAUGUAAUAUGAUCACGUCAGCUGUUUUUAUUUAAACCUUUAUAGUUCUCUGCCAUCAGGUUUGAUACUUAGGAUGAUGCCGCUUUUAAUACGUCUAGUAAAAUUCACCCAUCUGACUCAACGAGAGAUACACCUAGAAAGUAGAAACAUUUCCAAAGAAUGUGGAGGUUGUAAUAUUAAGUGAAGCUACACAACUGUGUGUAAAUUAGGUGACUCACUAUGUCACCAGCAGUUUUCUCUAAGAUCGCUGCUGCAGAUUUUUACGUCAGCAGUUUUCAAAGUACAUUAAACCAAGAGACACAUCCACUGCUUGUAAAAAUCAGUCUAGAAGAAACUCUUAUCUCAGGUCGAUUGAAUUUCUUCAAGCCAAAAUUUUGUGAAUAAACUUUAAUUGGGUCCAAAAACUAUUUGAUUGUAACUUAUAAUUUAUGAAACUAGCUUUGCUUUUUACAGCCUAAUAUGUAGUUUUUUAAAUUGUUUUAUUUUGUAUUAUGCAUCACAAGCCUAAUUGUUAUUCACAUUUCCAAAAGUUCAAAAAUUAGGGGGAGGGGGAGAGUGGUAUUUUUAUCUCCCGCUCUCUUGAUUGAAAAUUAAUUAUUUGUCUAUCCUGAAAACAGUAAUUAAUUUUAAUGUAUUUUAUUUGAAAGACAUUGUUAUUAGAUUUUAUAUAAACUUGUUAAAAUAUAUGUGCCACAUGCAGACACCAAAUGGUAGAGGGGAAUUAAUAAGCUGAAACUAAACACUAAAAUUUCACAAUCACAAAGAAAGUAUCUGUAGAAAAAAUAUACUUUUUGGAAAUGUAUGUUAGUAGUUUUUAAGUGGUUAAGCUUGUUGGGUUUGAGAGGUGUAUGUUAAUUAUUUUUGUUACAAAUAUGUGUGAAUUUUAUUUAUUUAUUCUUGAAUUGUGUUAAUGCACCUAAUAUCUUGUUGCUCAGUAAUUUUUAAUAAAACAUUGCAUUAAAGUUGCAAUAAUUUGUUAAGAAACUUGACAGUAUUUAUGUUGUACAAGUGUGCUUUUAUUGUAGCAUGUUUAGUCAUUUAAGCUCAGCGAAGCUGCUCAUUCAACUGUGCCAAAUAUUCGUUGUGUAGCUAGGAAAAAGAGGUACUAUAACACAAAUGGUUCUAAAAAAGUGUAAUAAAGCCACAUGUUGCGGUGCAUUGUGAUAUGACUGUAUAGUGUCAAAAUUCAGGGAAAAACCUUGUUGCCAAUGUAUUAAUGCAGUAAGUCCUCGAUUUACGGACAGGUUACGCUCCCGGGGAUUGUCCUUUAAACAAAACAUCUGUUAAUUCACUUUUUUUUUUCCAAAAGGAAUAAUGUGAAUGUCCUGGGUUACAUUCCUAGAUCUUCCAAAAAUGCCUGAAAUGCUAAAAACUUUACGGCCGGCUUGUGAUAUGCCAGGCAGCAGCACAGCCCAAAAAUCAAAACCUUAAGAGCUUGUAUGAAGCUAGCGUGAAGGUUGUGAACAGAUUAGUCUGAUGACCUUGCGAAGAGCGAGGAUGAGAGAGAGAAACACAAGGAAAGACAGAUUUACACACACCAGUGGAGUGACAGUGUCGCAGCCGGCCCGUAACAUUGCCGACCUUGAUCUGAUAUUGAUUUCUAUUCACAAUGGACAGUGUUUCGUCAGUCAUCUGGCAACAACACUCAUAAAUAUCCACCAGUUGCAUGGCCAUGAAAUGAGAAAAUAUCGUCCGUGAUUGUCUGGCCGCCACGGUACGGUGACGGCAACAGUACUGUUUGCAUCGGCACGGACACACGCCGGGCGAGUCCAAACAAAAUCCUUCAAAUAUCUAGAAUAUUUUCAACCUCGUUGAUGGAUUCAUGAGCCAGCUGACACGACACUGGUGUGUGUAAAUUGGCUUGAGGUGAGAGAGGGCGUGUGACAAGUCGCUGUUUCCCCUCACGUGGUUUUGUUGGAGGGGGUAUAACUUUCAGCAAACCUUUCGUCUCUCCGUUACUAGAAGCAGAUUUAUUGUGUUAUUUUUACAUUCAUACAUCUACGUAGAACCAGACAACACACUGAACAUUACGAACUUGAAAACUGAAUCUGUAUUUAUUUGGGGUAAACAGCGAACGCAGAGUGCCUGUACAGCGAAGGACUAAUGGACGACUACAAAACUUGUUUUGAAGCUCGUCGCCAUCCGGCACGACCUGCACAGAUUCCCUAGUCAUAACAAGAUGCACUGGCCAAUGGAAGGUGUGAGUUGCCAGUCAUUUUCUUUUCCAUGUGCAUCGUAAAUAUUAUCUCAGCAUCCUGCCCUCAUUUUUUUACAGGCACAGGAGAAAAGAUACAGACACUUUUAAAACAGCUGUGUCAUCCUUCAAUAACCAUUGUGCAUGCAAGAAUUAUUCAUGUGUGUAGGAAGUGCAGUGCGUGGAUACGAGUAGGUAUAUGUACAGGCUGCCCAUUCGUAAGUUGUGACACGGAAAUGUCUGCAGUGAUGCGUUUGGCAUCUUUUAACCAAAUUAAAGGUAACAAAAUAUAGCGUUGGUUAUUAACAAAUAUCCGUUAAUCAAGUGUUCGCUAAUCGAGGACUUGCUUUACUGUGCAGUGUAAGUGCAACUUUGGCUGUAGUAAAGAUUGUUACCCUUGUGUCUGGUAACUGUAUUUUUUUAUUUUGACUGCAGACUAUAAGAUAGUAAAGAAAAUAAAUUGGUUAAAAGGCAUUCUUUUUUGUACUUGUAAGUUAUACAAUACAGAUAAUAAUUGUGUAUUUUUAUUUGUGGUUCUAUAUAAAGUUUUAUUGUGCUUUAGAUAACUUAAUCUAUUAUGAAAUACAAUAUUACCAAAUAGAAAA